CACCGGCGCCCGGGCCGCGGCCGGGAGCCCCGCGCCUGUCGGACGGCCGCGGGACUCGGGUGCGCCGCCGAGGCGGUCGUGUACCGGGGGCCCUCCCGCCGCCGCGCCUCCGGAAUCACGGUGUGUCCGCCGGCCCGGGCAAAUCUUCCCGGAAGCAGCGUGAGGAAGGCAGAAGCCGCCGCCCUCCCUGGCCUGGCGAAGCCACCCGCCACCAUGCCCAAGAGAAAGGCAAAAGGCGAUGCUAAAGGUGACAAAGCCAAGGUGAAGGGUGAGCCGCAGAGGAGAUCCGCGCGGCUGUCUGCCAAACCCGCUCCCCCAAAACCGGAAGCCAGGCCUCCAAAGGCCGCUGCCAGGAAGGCCGAGAAGCGGCCCAAGGGGAGAAAGGGGAAAGCAGAGGGCGACAGGGUUGGGGACAAGGCCGGGGACGAGGCCGGGAAGAACCCGGACGCUUCCACGGCCCCGUCACAGAAAGCAGAAGGCAGCGGGGACGCCAAAUGAAAUGUACUUUUUUCCUAACUCACCUUCUAGUGACUCUGCUGUUCGAGAUACUGUCUGUCUUCAAUCAACUUUUAUAAAAGUGUAGAACUUGGGCUCUUAUUUCCGACUUCCGCCGUUGGCAUACGAGACGCAUUGUUGUUGUCCCCCGUGGAAAGCGCAAAUCCCGCUGACAGAACGUCUCCGGGGCCCCGAUUGAAAUGGGGGGGGAUGGCGCCUGUGUCCUCACUGUUGAAGAUUAUUCCUGGUUCCCGGGAGGGGUCUCGUGUCAGCCCCCCGGGCUCAGAAGCCUUCCGGCACGGAGAAGCAAAACCUCACGGCUUCUCUCCCGAGGCGAGCAGCAUGCACUGGCCUUCCUGGAAUAGUCAUGACGCGGCCUUGGCACCCCCAGCCUCCUGUCGGGUGAUCACACUCAGGCCUUCUGGCCAUAGCAUCAAGAUGGCGUUGCCCCAAAGAGCCAGGAUUCCUGUGUGUAGUUGGCGGGCGAUCCCAGUGGCCGUCCUGGACUUUUUAGCUCCUCUCCCCCACGUCAGAGUUGACCCGUGAAAAGAUCUCACGUACCUCAUGCGAAAUAUCCACGCCUCCCGAGAACGUCACCUUUUCAGAAGAGCAACAGAAGACUGUUGACUUGGGGGGGGCGGGGGGGGGAGUUUGAAUGUUGUCGGGUGUUGUGUGGAUCGAUUGUCACCCGUGUCCUCCUGGAAGCGGCUGGUCCUGAAAAGUAUCUUAUAAAAGCUGAAUACAUAUUAGCCUGGUGGGAGGGGGAUCAUUUCCUACCCACAGCCCUAGGGAUCUUCUUUGCUGCACCUUAAACAGGGUUUUACGUUUCACACUUGUCCGCAGUCUUCUCUGCACUGAUCGGCGUGCCAAGUACGAGAUAGAAGUUCAAUGUAAUAUUUUGUCCAGGUGGAUAAGCAGUGGUCGUCGCUGCACCAUUUUCUGAAGAGUUCAUUCCUUCCCGUGGAUCCGGAACACCAGCUCUUUCGAAAAUGGAGUCUCUUGGGGGUGGGUGGGUGCGGGGCAGGGCGGGUGUGGAUGCUCUUCUGACUCACUGGUCAGUUUGCCCAACCCCACGGCAGUGCAAUAUAGUCCUGAGCACUACAGCUUUUAGAAAGAGGUCUCGGUAUCUCAGGACAAAUCUCACCUCCAGCUCCAAAAUAAAAUCUCCACCAAACUUGUCUUCUUCGGGAGCAUCGUGGCCAUUCUCAGCCGUUUGCUAACGGCUUUUAGAGUUAGAUUUGCUACAACUUUUAGAAUUAGAUUGAUCAGGCCUUUUAUUUUUAAAUGUUUUUUAAUGUUUAUUCAUUUUUGAGAGACAGAGGAUGAGUGGGGGAGGGACAGAGAGAGAGGGAGACACAGAAUCCCAAGCAGGCUCCAGGCUCUGAGCUGUCAGCACGGAGCCUGAUGUGUGGCUCGAACUCACGAAUCGCGAGAUCGUGACCUCAGCCGACGUCGGACGCUUAGCCGACUGAGCCACCCAGGCGCCCCUAGAUUGACCAGUUCUAAAACAAAACAAAAAUGCUGGAAUUUUUAUUGGAUUUAUAUUGAAUUCAUAGACUAAUUACAAUGUUGAGUCUUCCCUUGAACAUGAUGUAGCUCUUCAUUUAUUUAACCUUUUUAAGUGUCUUUCAAUAAAGUUUUAUAAUUUUCUCCAUAAAUGUCUAUUGUUAAUAUUUCCUAGGGACUUUAUACUUUUUUAUGCUAUUUUUGUGGUAUAUUUUUAGUUCCUGCAUUUUCUAGCUAGUUGAUUUUCAUAUCCAGCAUCUUUGCU